AGUGAUUGGAAUGAAGUGCGAAAAAAAUGAUGCUGAGCACAGCUAACAAGUCUUCGAUUAACAUUGACGCAACAAUAUUGAGAAGCUUUUUUCCCGAUCGGCUAGAUGUGGGAAAGUCGUACUGGAAAUAUUUGAAAGAGUCUGGCGAUGAUCCAAAAUCGACCACUUUGAUAGUGUUGCUAGAGAUGUAUUUGUAUUACAGAGCGAGCAAAACUGGAACUGCAAUAACAGGUAAUGAUCAACUGGACAUCAUUGACAUAUGCGAAAGUUUACGCCAGAAAUCUCCUGCUUUUGAUUCUACAUCAGCCGAAGGAAUUAUUUACGGUCUCGUACUAACUGCUGAUUGGCGUAGAUCGCUAGAGAUUUUGGAUUCGAUUCAAAUUUCAUCAAAACCGUCAUCGGACAGUGCUGUUAUUCAACGUGCCUUACAAGAGCAGGAUGAACAUCUUGUGUGGAAAUUGAUUGAAAAUAUCGAUAAAAUGUUAACAUUCCACAAAUUUAUUUACAACUGCUCGACUGCUACUGUCAGUAAGCAAGGAACGUGUCAGUCGUGUCGGAAGCGCCUUCGUGAUAUUGAUAUAACAGACGAUGAAUUCAAAAAUUUGAGCAACCACUUCUUCGACAAGAUAUUCAUUGAGGAAAACAUUUUCAAUAAAUCGACACCCGGAGAACUUAAGUCGUUCAUCGCAUUUUUUGAUGAAACAGGACCGUACCACUGUGUCAUUGAUGGGCUGAAUGUUGGUUAUUGUAAUCAGACAUUUAAUCCGAUAGCACAAUCGAAAUUGGUUUGGUAGGCAGUAAAGACUUAG